AUGGCCGCGGCGGCGAAGCUGACGCGGAGCUUCUCUCGGCAGCUGUCGUCGGGGGCGGCGCGGGUGUGGCGCCAGCUGUCGCUGGAGCCGCACACCCCGCGCCGGGGCGCGGCCGCGGCGACGGGGGCCGUGGCGGCGGCGGGGCCGACCAGGUUCGGCCUCGCGAGGCAGUCGUCGCUCGACCCGACGCCGGCGCCCGACGACGGGGCGGUGCUGGCCAUGCCGGAGAACCUGGACGCCACCAUGCGGCUGCUGUACGCGGCGUGCCAGGGGGACGCGGCCGGCGUGGAGGAGCUCCUCGGGGAAGGGGUGGACGUCGACAGCAUUGACUUCGACGGCCGCACGGCGCUGCACAUCGCCGCCUGCGAGGGCCGGGGGGAGGUGGUGCGCCUGCUGCUCGGCUGGAAGGCCAACAUCAACGCCCGCGACCGAUGGGGGAGCACGCCAGCAGCGGAUGCUAAACAUUACGGCCACUUUGAAGUGUACAACCUUCUCAGAGCAAGAGGAGCAAAACUUCCGAAAACCAAGAAGACUCCAAUGACUGUGUCAAAUCCUAAAGAAGUUCCAGAGUAUGAACUGAACCCUCUUGAACUCGAGUUCCGAAGAGGAGAGGAGGUUACAAAGGGUUACUAUGUAGCCAAAUGGUAUGGCUCCAAAGUUUUCGUGAAGAUACUUGACAAAGAUAGCUUCUCAGACGGAGAUAGCAUAGAUGCAUUCAAACACGAGCUUACUUUACUGGAGAAAGCGCGGCAUCCCAAUUUGGUCCAAUUUGUGGGAGCUGUUACACAAAAUGUACCACUGAUGAUUGUUUCAGAAUACCACCAAAAAGGUGAUCUAGCGAGCUAUCUUGAGACAAAAGGUCGCGUGCAAUCUUACAAAGCGAUCAGGUUUGCCCUUGACAUUGCAAGGGGACUAAAUUAUCUUCACGAGUGCAAGCCAGAGCCAAUCAUCCACGGUGAUCUGUCACCAAAAAAUAUUGUGCGGGACGAUGAAGGAAAACUUAAGGUGGCAGGCUUUGGAUCACUUGAUCUGACAAAAGUCUCCCAAGAUAAACUACAGAUGGUUCAGCCAGUGUCAAAUUUUGACAGUGUAUACAUUGCUCCUGAAAUGUACAGAAACGAAGCAUUUGACAGAAGUGUGGAUACAUUUGCGUUCGGUCUCAUUCUUUACGAGAUGAUUGAAGGAUCUCCUGCAUUUCACCCAAAGCCUCAAGAGGAAGCGGCCAAGAUGAUUUGUUCAGAGGGUUUGAGACCAUUAUUCAAGAAUAAACCCAAAUCAUAUCCUGAGGGUGUGAAAGAGCUAAUACAAGAGUGCUGGGAUCCAACACCUUCCGUCAGGCCAACGUUCUCGGAUAUAAUUGAACGCCUGAACAAGAUAUCUGCAAGUUGUUCCAAGCAAACUCGCUGGAGAGACAACUUCAAGCUACCGUGGAAACAAGCUGUGCACAAAUAG